CGGGCGGUCUGUGAAAAACGUAUUGUUCACGCUUUGGAGCGAAAUUCUGGCGGUGCUUUGACUGAUAGCGGAUAAUUGCGGAUUGUACGGCGAGCUGUGACCAUCGAGUUAUGCCGAAGAGGCGUGACGAUUCCUCUUCAUCCUCUGAUGGAGAACCGGAUCGGAAGUCAUCGAAGAGGGCAUCAAGCUCAGAUACAUCGAGGAGCGCAACUCCUGAACGGGCGGCACGCGAACGCACAGUAGAUAGCGGCUCAAGCCGGAGAGACGACUCCCGAGACACAAUCACUCGUGAAAGAGACAGACGCUACGCUGAGGAGCGAAACGCCGACCGAGACCGCGGGCGCUGUGAGGAAAUAAUUUGUGUUCGGACAGAAUCGGCAGCGUCAUCGAGAGAGACAUCCGUGAGCAGACGUGGUACUUCACAAGAACGUGAGAGUAGCGAAGACAAGAGUCAGAAGGCUCUGGCGAAAUUGAAAACGAUCAACGAAAAGUACCUCGAAAUGACGAAACGAAGGCCGAGUGCGGACGACGCGCAGACAGCGGUCCGGAGUGCUACCGAAUCCGGCGAGCAUCCCGAUGUACUCCAGCUCCAGGCGGCGGAAAGCGAGGGCGAAAUCGACGACAAGCCACAGCCAUCAGCAGAACAGACCGAGGCACCCAAGAAAGUCCGAGGAACCGUUGCCGAUUCCCCCUCCUCUGGUAGCGAGAGCGGUGACGAUACCGCGCCAACGCAAGACACCACUGCUCCCCAUGGAAACAGAACGCACCGGAAGCGCCGCCGAUCGACGAGGUCGGAACCCAAGGAGGAGAGUGACAGUGAUAACAAAGAUUCGGAUCAAGAGAAUCGGAACCGGAAGAAAAAGAAACCCGCAAGGGGAAACCGCCAACAAGAUUCAGAGUCCGCCAGCGCGACAGAUGACGAGCGGAGCGAUUCCGAUAAGCGCAUGAAGUCCCGCGUGGUUAUGGUCCCCCCAAAAGCUCCGCCGGAGACUGAGCCACCGAAAAGAAAAGCGCUGGACCCCAUGCUGACGCGGACCGGUGGUGCUUACAUACCACCGGCGAAGCUCCGGGAAAUGCAGAGGCAGAUCACGAAUAAGGGAAGCGUUGAGUACCAACGUAUCGCGUGGGAAGCACUCAAGAAGAGCAUAAACGGUCUUGUAAACAAAGUUAACGUCUCUAACUUGAAAGACAUCGUGCACGAACUUUUCCGCGAGAACCUCGUACGUGGACGCGGUGUCCUGGCCCGAUCCAUAAUGCAAGCUCAGGCUUUCUCGACGACAUUCACGCACGUUUACGCGGCCUUGACGGCUGUCAUCAACUCCAAAUUCCCCCAGACCGGAGAGUUGAUCCUGAAAAGAGUGAUACUCCAAUUCAAGAGAGGCUUCCGCCGGAACGACAAGGCCAUGUGCGUUGCGGCGGUGAAAUUCCUCGCUCAUCUUGUGAAUCAGCAAGUCGCCCACGAGAUUUCCGCUCUCGAAAUCCUGACGUUGCUCCUGGAGAAACCAACCGAAGACUCCGUCGAGGUCGCGAUCGCUUUCCUGAAAGAGGUGGGACGGAAGCUCACCGAAGUUUCCCCGCGAGGCCUCCUCGGGAUCAUGGAAAGUCUCCGCCAUAUUCUCCACGAGGGCAAAGUAGAUAAACGAUGUCAGUACAUGAUCGAGGUCUUGGCUGCGGUUCGUAAGGAUGGCUUCAAGGAUCACCCGUCGGUGGUCCCGGAACUUGAUCUCGUCCAGGAUGAAGAUCAAUACACUCACGUUAUCACUCUCGAAGAAGUCAAUGACGGCCAGGACGGUCUGAACGCGUUCAAAUUCGAUCCUCAAUACGAAGAGAACGAGGAGAAGUAUCAGGGCAUAUAUAAAGUCAUCAUCGGCGAGAGCGGCUCGGAGAGCGAAGACGGAUCCUCGGGAUCGUCCUCGGACGACGAUUCGGAUGAGGAAAACGCCGAAGCGAAAGCGGAUCAAAUCGUCGAUAACACCGAGACGAAUCUCGUUGCUCUCCGACGGACGGUUUUCCUCACGAUUCAGAGUUCGUUGAGCUUCGACGAAUGUGUGCAUAAAUUAAUGAAAUUGCGCAUCCAACCGAAUCAGAUCCCGGAAAUGUGUCACAUGAUUCUGGAUUGUUGCUCCCAGCAGAGAACCUACGAGCAGUUUUUCGCAUUGGUCGCUCAACGUCUGUGCCUCAUCCGGAAAGAAUAUUUGGAGCCCUUCUGUGAAAUAUUCGUCAACGCCUACGAGACGGUCCAUCGUCUGGACACGAAUAAGUUACGAAACUGUGCGAAAUUCUUCGCGAGUUUAUUGUUUUCUGACGCCAUCCCAUGGCAGGUCCUGUCUAUCAUCAAACUCGGGGAGGAGACAACCAACUCUUCCUCGAGAAUUUUCAUCAAAAUCCUCUUCCAAGAAUUAGCGGAAUUCAUGGGUCUGAUGAAAUUGAACGAACGAGUGAGAGACCCCACCCUGCAGGAAGCCUUCGACGGGCUCUUCCCCAGAGAUUCGCCGGAGAACACGAGAUUCGCCAUCAAUUUCUUCACCUCCAUAGGGUUAGGAGGUCUCACCGAUGACUUGCGUAAUCAUCUCAAGACCAUGCCGAAGAAGCCAGCAGUCGCACCGGUCCGUCCGUCCCCGUCCUCCUCAUCAUCCUCUUCGUCGUCAUCAUCCUCUUCGUCGUCAUCAUCCUCUUCGUCGUCGUCCUCGAGUGAUGACGAUUCGUCGUCGGGAUAGGAGUAACCCUGAGAACGCGGCAUGGAUACAGUAAUCGAGAAGG